GAAUCGCCUUGGCACAUCUUCUUCCGAACAGAGAGAGAGAGAGAGAGAGAGAGAUGAAAAAGGCGAUCUUCUUCUUAUUAUUCUCCGCCAUUUUUCUUCAGAAAGAAGCUCUUGCAGAUGGGGUCACCCCUCUGGAGGCAAAACAGCUGCGAGACGAGGUGCGUGAAAUGUUCUAUCACGCUUUUGAUGGAUAUAUUCAGCAUGCUUUUCCUCUUGACGAAUUAAGACCCUUAACCUGCACGGGAGAAGACAGUCUUGGUGGUUAUGCCUUGACCCUAGUUGACUCUUUGGAUACAUUGGCCUUACUUGGUGACCGUGAGCGAUUUGCUGCAGCAGUUGAAUGGAUUGGAAAAAACCUUCGGUUCGAUAUUGAUAAAACGAUUUCUGUGUUCGAGACUACGAUUCGCAUCCUUGGGGGUUUACUUUCAGGCCAUCUUAUUGCAAGCGAUUAUGCCACGGGCAUGAAAAUCUCUUCAUACGACGAUCAGUUACUUCAUCUGGCUGAAGAUUUGGCUCGAAGAUUGCUACCUGCAUUUGACACUCCUACAGGAAUUCCUUUUGGAUCUGUUAAUCUACUGCAUGGAGUUGAUGAAAAUGAAAGCAAGAUAACGUCAACUGCUGGUGGUGGAACUUUAACUUUAGAGUUUGGGGUACUAAGCCGCUUAACAAAUGAUCCUGUUUUUGAGCAGGUGACAAGGAAUGCAGUGCGUGGAAUAUGGGCUCGGCGAUCAAAAAUUAACCUUGUUGGUGCUCAUAUAAAUGUUUUCACAGGUGAAUGGACACAGAAGGAUGCUGGAAUAGGAACAAGUAUUGACUCCUUCUAUGAGUAUCUUCUGAAGGCCUAUCUGUUAUUCGGAGAUGAGGAGUAUUUGUUCAUAUUCCAGGAAGCUUACAAGGCUGCAAUGCAUUAUCUAUACCAUGAUCCUUGGUAUGUGGAGGUAAACAUGAAUUCUGCUUCCAUGGUGUGGCCGUUAUUUAACAGUCUUCAGGCAUUCUGGCCUGGCCUUCAGGUUUUAGCUGGGGACAUUGAUCCUGCUAUCCGGACACAUGCUGCUUUCUUUAGUGUCUGGAAGAAGUACGGUUUCACCCCAGAGGGUUUUAAUCUUGCUACAUUCAGCGUUCAGCAUGGUCAAAAAAGCUAUCCACUACGUCCGGAGUUGAUUGAGAGCACAUAUUGGCUAUUCAAAGCCACCAGAGAUCAAAGAUACCUGGAUGCUGGACGGGAUAUGGUUGCUAGCUUGCAAUAUGGUGCAAGGUGCACUUGCGGAUAUUGUCAUAUAGCAGAUGUGGAGUCUCACAAACAGGACGACCACAUGGAGAGCUUUUUCCUUUCUGAAACUGUUAAAUACUUAUGGCUUCUUUUCGAUUUGGCCGUCGGCGGGGACAACCUUGUUGAAAAUGGGCCAUACAAGUAUAUCUUCAGUACAGAAGGUCACUUGUUGCCUGCAUCUCCUGAAAUAUCUCUAGUCCAUGAACACUGUUCUUACUACGGAGCAUUCUGCAAAGGUGAUGACAAGCGGAAAUUCCAAACUUCUGUUGUCCCAUUCGACCACCAAGAAACGAACGAUAGCAGUGUCUAUAGAGGUUGGGGUCCUAGUUCUCAAUCAUGCCCCAAAUCAAGGGAAUCCGUUUCUGCAUCUGUGCUCAUUAAGGGCCUUUGCCGAGGGCUAACACAUGGGCAGAAGUACGGGAUAUCAUAUCUUCCUGAUCCGACGUCAGUAACAAGAACCAAUGAAGGAUGAGAGCGGAAAUAAUUGUCACUCGAUUCACAGAAGCAAUUCAGUCGAUGGCCCAUCACAGGGGUGAGGUUGACAGCUGAGCCGCCAAUCAGGAACAAUCAAAAGUGUAUUUCCAAAUCCAAACAGUGCCCUGUCUGAUCAAAUGUAUGGGGUGGCUGAGAAAUCUAGACCACACUAUCUCUUGAUGUUCCAUCCUAGUUGUGAUGACCCCCACCAAGUUUGUAACAUUUGAGUUUGUAGGGUAUUAAGUCCUAGAGUCCUAGUGGUUAGGAGAUGUGGGCACUCCCAACAAGGACAUGGGUUCAGCCCCAGCUUAGAUCAGAUUGGAAAGGAAAUUAAAGAAAAAGAUAGGAAGUACUUGCAAAUAUUUAAUUUAGGGUCGAAAUUGAAAACAUGGGUUCAUUGCCUUUCUUCCUUGAUUGUUAACCUUAUUUUGUUGGUUCCCAUGAAUGGGUUCAUGCAUCAAAAAUAUUUCAAGAUUGGAACAUCCUACAUCGCGAAUUGUUUGUAUUUUUUCCUUUGAACGUGGAUUGCUGCUUUUGUUUCUUA